AUGCCGCUGAAGAAGCUUCGCAACUGGCGCUCGACGCGACAGACGAGGUCCAGGUCCAAGAGGCAGAAAGAGGCCAUUCUGGAGAGCGCAAUGACCACUCAAUCACCUGACGGGCAGCCCGGCGAGUCCGAGCUGUUCAUAUUUCUCAACGACUUCACAGAUUCCGAUAAUGAGGCCUCGGCUGAGCUCUGGGCGUGGGUCCUGAAGCUCAACCCGGGAGUCAAAGGUAUUUACAUCGCAGAGCCGCGCUGGGUCAAUCUCGGCUACUACAUGACAAGCAGGGACUUUGGACGAUGUAUCGGACUCGUCAGCAAGCUGCAGCCUCCUCUGGAAGGCGGUGACCCCCCUCUGACGACCGUACUCGCUGGUCGCUUGACGGAGGAGAUGAUCAAGAGGAGACAGGUCGACGGCAGGCCGCUGAACGACGACGAGCGGGACUUGCUCAUGCGAUGUAUCAAGCCAGCGAAUGGAAGUAGGGAAGACUCCAUCAAACACGCAGAGCUUGUCGCACUGGACUAUAUGACUACCAUGAGGACGCGAUGCAGUCGUUUUGAAGCGUACAUCGACGUGCCCUGUUUGGAUAAGCUGGAAAGUCCCAUCAAUCUGAAGACUCAUUAUCACGAUGAGCUUGUAGCUCGCUCUGCGGAGGAGCUCAAGGAAUUCCGUGCCAUCAUGGAAAUGCCUACGUCCGAGGGGCCGCAGAUCGAGGACCGCAGAACCAGCCUGCGACAGUGGUACACUAAAGCACUCGAUAGGAAGGUAGAGGAGUUCGGUGGCAAGUCUCCUCUCUCAGCCCUCGACUACGGCCACCUCUUCAGUGAGAUUCGGAAACACGACAAGACCACAUUCUUCGGAGGUGCGUCUCUGACUGUACUACAAGAACUGCUCGAGAAGGAGCCUUCGCUGGGCAAGAAAGUCCAGUACUUCCAGCAAGGUGGAACUUUCAACUCGAAGCUCAAUAUCCUUGGAAAUCCGUACAAUUUUGCACUUAACACUAAGGCGGCAGAGUACGUCUUUCGGCAUCAAGACAAGCUCGGGAGGUUUACCCUGAUCCCCACAGAUACUACAAAGAAGCUUGAGUGGACGGUUCAGGGAUUGGCUAAACUGUCCCCCGCUGUCGGUGUUCGGUCUCUAGCUUUCCACGGGAGUAAGGGCUACAAGGCAGUCAUGGCAGAUCUCACAGCAUUUCUGGCCGCCUUCAGCCUGGUGUUCAAAGACUUCCCACCGGGACAGGGACUGUUAAAGCAGACUUCGAUCAAAGUCACUAUGGAGCAAUCGAUCCCAGACAGCAACCAGAUGGUCCUUCGAGAGGACAGGACAUCAAAGAUAGAGUGUUUGAUAUUCGAGGCUCGUGAAGGACAGGACGCAUUCUUGGUGGAGGACGCGUUGGGUCUCUUAGAAACCGCCUUGAAGACCGCAUCAUCUGGUUGA